AUGCCAGGACGUCUCGAAGGUAAAGUUGCGAUUGUGACGGGCGGAGGAGGUGGCUUCGGCAAGGGCAUUGCAGCGAAGUUCGUGGAAGAGGGCGCGAAGGUGAUCAUUGCGGACUUUGUCGAAGACGUCGGCCAGAAGACAGCGAGCGAGCUCAAGUGCGAGUUCGUACGCUGCGACGUCACCAAACGUGAGGACUGGCAGAACAUUCUCAAGGUCGCCGACGAGAAGUUUGGCGGGCUUGAUUGUGUGGUCAACAACGCUGGGACAACGUACAGGAAUAAGCCCACGGGAGAUGUUACGGACGAGGACUUCGACAAGACCUUCGCUGUGAACGUCAAGUCUCUCUUCUAUUCGGCGCAUACGAUCGUUCCGUACCUACAAAAGAAGGGCAAGGGCGGCUCCUUCGUGACUAUUGCAUCGACGGCUGGUAUUCGUCCUCGUGGCGGCUUGACAUGGUACAACGCUUCCAAGGCAGCCGCGAUCAAUGGCACCAAGUCUAUGGCUGUUGAGUAUGCGAAGGACAACAUCCGAUUCAAUAACAUCUGCCCUGUAGUUGGGCUAGGAACUGGCUUGACCGAUCUCUUCUUGGGCAAGCCUGAAAACGAGAAGACCUUUAUGGCUACCGUCCCGAUGGGUCGUGGAUCUUCACCUAGAGACGUCGCAAACUCUGCUGCCUUCCUUUGCAGCGACGAGGCAGACUUCCUUACCGGUAUUGAUGUGCCGGUAGACGGUGGACGCUGCGUUUAA